AUGUCGUCCUCAACUUCUCGCCCCGGUGAGCGCAUGGUUCAUCAAGACUUCAUCGCUCGAAUUCGAUACUCCAAUGCGCUCCCUCCACCACCGCACCCCCCGAAGUUGCUUGAUAUCCCUAAUACUGGCCUUGCAAGUGGACAGUACACGACGCCAGGUUUCGCCUCGCGACUUGCGAGGGAGCAACCACUAAACAUCGAGGCGGAUGCCGAGCUUGGAAUGCCCCUUGACCUAGUGGGCAUGCCUGGUGUUUUUGAUGGCGAUGAAAGAUCUAUUCAAGCUCCCGCUCAUCCUCCUGCUCUUCAUCCUCACGAUCGACCGCUUCUAAGACCCAUCGCCGCUCUCGGAAAACUCAAAGCCGCUGAAGCCAAUGUUUCUUUCCUUCGCCGAACAGAAUACAUCUCUUCAGGCAGCUCGAAGCGCCAGGAUGGAGCUGUUCCUCGCGCUAUGCUUACAAAGGCCAACAAGAACAAACGUGUUCCAGAACCUGCUGCCGAUUCUCCUCACGCCAUCAAGCGCAAGAUCGACAAGGGCUUCGAGAUUGCAGAGCAAGAAUUCAAUGACCCCAAACGCGCCAAACAUCCCAGCAAGAGGCAUCUCAAGGUGGUCGAUGUCUCGCCUCUUAUUCCCGAUCUCGACGCUUUCCCUGAUACCGGCGCAUACGUCACAAUAAAAUUCCACCAAGCCCCUGUAGUCAGCACAAAGCAGUACGACAGACGUCUUCUGAGCGGCUUGUUCAAACCUAUCGAUCGAUCACCAGAAGAGGAAGAAGCGUACGAGGCUGCUAUAGCAGCUCACGAGCAAGAUCCUGCCAACGUACCAAAGCCUCAAAACUCGAUGAACUACGAAUACUAUCUUGCAGCUACAGCUGCUGCCGGAGAACGUUUCCGUCGCAAAUUCGAUGUCGAGGAUGCCGACCACAACGAAGACGAACUCUAUACCCACCAGUCAGACGCUGGAGGUUGCUUCCAGUUUCGUAGACUUCGAGGUUACGAGACGGCUCAAGAAGUCGAGUUCGAAGCAGCAACCAAGUAUGAUGAAGAGAUCAUCUUGUCAUACAACGAGGACACAUUCUACCCUAAUCAGAAGGCUGUGUACUAUUAUCCUGUUCAACAGAAGUCUGUUGUCCGCCCUCAACGAACCAAGAAUAUAGCACGAAACAUCGGUAUCGCCGACGAGGAACAGGUCAUUGAUCAGCUUGAUAUUACAGUUGAAGACCCCACUGAAGAGGUUCGUGAGAUGAUAAAGUCACACCACGACCAUCCUCUUGGAGGAACACAGGAAGAGGAGGAGCACCAUGAAGAGCACCAUGAGGGUCAGGAUGCUGAAGGUGAAGAGAACGCCGACCACCGGGGCAGCAGCCCAGCGGCCCGUCGCUCAAGGUCGGUUUCUGAAGAACGUGAUGCCGAAGGUGAGGACGAUGACUAG